AUGAAGGAGAGCAGCUUAUGGACACUGGUUUGGACAGCGAGCCUAGUAACGAGCCUGACCGUGGCGCAAUCAUCGGUGAACUGCCCCUCGCACAGUGAGAUCUCGCCCUGUUCCUGCACUCUGAAGAAAUCCGGCCUGGACAUCGUAUGCGAGUACACGGACCUAUCUCACAUCGACGGUGUGAUGCGCUCGCUCAAAGGCAAGACCAACACCGUCAUCUUUUAUCUCAGGCUCAGGCAUAACAGCCUGCCAAAGCUGCAGCCGUACGUGUUCCUCGGCCUCGACAUCCGCCAUCUCACCAUUCACAACAGCAGCCUGGCGAAACUCGAGGAAUCGUCUCUGAGUUCCAUCGGGACCGGCCUGACGCAGCUAGACCUCUCGCAGAACUCUUUGCUCGCGGUGCCAUCCAGUGCUUUGAAAGAUCUUCAACAUCUGCUUAUUUUGAAUCUGAACCGCAACAAGAUCAAAGCCAUUCAUAGGAAAGCUUUCGAAGGGCUCGACACUCUCGAGAUUCUUUCUCUGUACGAAAACGAGAUUUCCGUCAUAGAGGAGGAGGCCUUCAAAGGCUUGCACAAAAAGCUCAGAAGAUUGAAUCUGGGAGGCAACCACUUGACCAAAGUGCCAACGCAAGCGCUGCGCACUCUGGACAUGCUGAAGAAGUUGGAGAUGCAGGAGAAUAGGAUCACCGUCAUUCAGGAAGGUGAUUUUGAAGGUCUGAGAAGCCUGGAUUCGUUAGGAUUGGCGCACAAUCAGCUUCGCGAAGUGCCGGCCCGUGUGUUCGCCCACUUGACACAAUUAAACUCUUUGGAGCUGGACGGCAAUCAAAUUACCCACGUGGAUCCGGAUGCGUUCAUCGGUCUCGAGGGUAAGCGUAAUCAAACGAUCUCAUGCGAUUCCUUUGAAACGUCGCCGUGAUAUGGCCGGCGAAACUCUAUUAUUUCUCGUCGUAUCGGCUCGCACGCCUCGAACAACCGAUUAUCCGACCGAUUUAUCAUUAAACGCGUACGAGCUCUGUCGAUCUCGAUCCCCUCCCCCCCCGUUUCCGCCGGAACUCCGCCGUCACAAGAAUCGCGAUAAUCGAAAUUAUUCCGGACAGACCGGUUGAUCGGUUAAUUUUACGGGACGUAGUUCAAUCAUUCGAUUUGUUUAAUUUUCGACAUACAGCGACUCGACAUUAAUGUUCGGGCACAUUUAAUUAUAAUUUUGUGAAACGGAAUCGCGUAGUGAUAAACUUUGAGGGCCUAUUUUAAAGCUUUUGAAUCGUUCGUUUUAUUGAAUUUAUUCUGAGAUGUUUCGACACUACGUUCAGAAAUAGUAAAGAAAAGACAUCUCUCUUGAAAAUCCUAUAAUAAUUGCCGUGAUGUGUAGAAACAUUGAAAAAUAUUUUUCAUGGCCGAGUCUACGAUGAAUUUUAAGAUUCAAGCAUCUCCUUUACAAAACGAGAUACUAUCCUUUGCUAUCUUUUAACAUUGGUUAAUUCUUAUAGAGAAUCAAUCAAUGGGCUAA